AUGCUUUCGAAAUUGAUAAUCGUUGCAUCCUUAUUAGCAAUCGUUGUAAGAUGUGCACCACAAUCUCUUAUAAGACCAAUCAGGCCCUAUGAUGACCAAUCAGCACCUACACCAUACGACUUCAACUACAAAGUGGACAAUGCACCGACCAACACCUAUUUCGGUCAAAACGAAGCAGCCGACCCAGCUGGCAGGGUUGUGGGCCAAUACUACGUGUAUCUGCCCGAUGGUAGAUUGAUGACCGUGGAUUACACCGUGGAUGGUGAAUCCGGAUUCGUACCUAGGAUAUCUUUUCAGAAUCAGGCUCCGAUACCCAGUCCCAUCGCACCCAUUAGAGGAUAG